AUGGAAGAUAAAGGCGGGGAGAGUCAGGAAGAUAGAAUAGAAUUAGAGAGAAUAAAGAGAAUAAAAGAAAAGGGAAGAAGCGGGAGUACAGGAACAUUAGAGGAAAUAUGGAAAAGGAAGAGAGCGGAGUUAGAUAGUAGUGGAGGGGAGGAUAUAUUCAGGAAGAGUAGGAAAACAGUGAGAUUGCCGAAGGAGAGGGUAGGGGAAGGAGAGAAUGGUUUAGAGGAAGUGUUAAGGGAGAUGAUGAAGGAGCUGAGGAGGGAGGUAAGGGAAGAUAGCAGAAAGAUGAUAGAAGAGUUGAAAGAAGAAUUUAGAGAGAGGGAGAGGAAGGCAAGAGAAGAAAGAGAGGAAAUAAUAAGAGAAGGGAGAGAUCGAAUGAAGAGGUGGAUGGAGGAGAAAGAGGAGAUGAAGAAGCACAUAGAAAGGAUAGAGACAAAAAUGGAAGAGAUGCAGGCGAAGGUCCAAGGAUCGAAUGGAAACGGAGGAGAAGUAAACGAAGAGGUGAAGAGGAUGGAAGGGAAGAUGAGAGGUAUAGAGAUAAGACUGGAAAGGGUGGAGAGAGAAAAGAGAAGGAAGAAUAUAGUAGUAAGAGGGAUAAGAGGCAGAAAGGAGAAAGUAGAGGCAGAGAUUAAGAGAAUAAUGAAAGAUAAUGGAAUAAGAGAGGAAGGGUCGGAAAUCAAAAGGAUAGAAGAAGGAAAAGAAGGAGAAGUAAAAUUAGCAGUGGUAAGGAUAGAAGAAUUGGAGAAGAAGAAGAGACUGAUGAGAGAAAGAAGAAAGAUAGGAGAAAAGGGAAUAAGAAUCGAAGAUGAUCUAACGUGGAAGCAAAGAAGGAUGAGAUGGAAAUUGGAAGAGAUAGCAAGAAAGGAAAAAGAAAAUGGUAGAAGAGUGUGGCUAAGAUACGGACGGAUAGAAGGGAUAUGGUGGAGGUGGGAUGAGGAAGAAGAAGUAUUAAAGGACCGAGAAGGGAUGGUAUGGAAAGAGAAGGGGGGCGAAGAAAUGAGUUAA